AUGAGCCCGAUAACGUGGUUCCUCAGCAUUUACGGUUGGACGCCUAUUACCGACUGUACUCGAUUCGAUAUCACACAAGUUGGUCUCAUCCAAUGUCUCGUGUCUGGUGGGAUAUUUAUUCUGGCCAACCUAUACCUACUUGGUCUUUUCUACGUCCUCCCGGAUCAUGUCUUCGGGACAAGCCGCUACAAAUACAGCGAAGGUGAGGAACAGCCGCAUGAGCUGUUCACCGCAUUCCCCUACAAUCUGGUCCGCCAUCCAGCGGCUUCGUCCUUCCUAUGGAUGUACUGGGUGCUCCCUGCAUACACUCCGAGCCAUCUCCAACUAGCCGCUCUCUGGACGAUCUAUAUUAUCCCGGCGACGCUGUUGUUUGAGGAGGGCGGUCUCAGAGGACCAGCUGGGGAGUUCGGUAAGGCAUAUGAAGAUUACGCCAGUAAAGUGAAUGCCUUUACCCCCAGCAAGCACGCUAUUGCAAGCGCUCUCGGUUGUCCUGUGGGAGCUAGAACCAACCGCAAGAGUGCGUAG